AUGGCAGCGAUCGUGGCAGUGUAUCGCCUUAGGUGGACCCGGCUCGUGGGUAUACUCUCAUUUCUCUGCCUCGUCGUCGCAUUUCCAUCCAACAGGACCACCCAGAAUGGCACCUAUAUCCCUAUACUUCCGUUUCACCAGCACUCCACGCCACCAUCAGCCGGCACCACUCCAAAUUGCACGAAUAUCUCGAUCCCCAAUGGCAUGGACUUCCAUCCAACCGUCAUGAUCGACACUUUCCACGACACAUACCGCAAUAAUCUCGGGUUCUGGCACGGACCAGGCGAAGAUCUUCCCGUGAAGUAUGGCGGGAGCUAUGUGCGUUUCUUCCCGUCGGACCCGGACCACAACUAUCACACACAGCUAGCAUCGGAAGGGUGCUUCAGUCUGCUUCCAUACCAAGACCAGUACCUGCAUGUGGAGUUCUCUGGAACGAACAAGUUCAGCAUCUCUCUGAAUCAGAAUAACAGGGAGUGUGACGCGCGCCGCAAGCCGUACCCGGAGACGUGGGACUCAGUCGAGGCGGCCCGGUACGCGCUGGGCCAUCAUAUAUUCGUGCCCCUGGCGCAUUUCCACAUUGACCUGUCGAACGUCCUCUCCGUAUCAUUUAACGGAUUCUACACUGGGGAGACGCUGACACUGCACAAAGUGGAGAUCGUUUCAGAGCUCCCCAUGAGACUUCGCUUACCAGACAAGUUGGAAAGCGGGAGCAUGGUACUUAGAUGCACGAGGCCCAACUCCUUUGCGUUCGGUAUAGAUGAUGGGCUGCCGCAGUUUGCCCAACAGGUCAUGGACAUCUUGGAAAAGGAGGGGAUUCUAGUGACCUUUUUCGUUGUUGGAGCGGGACUGAGGAGCGAGGAUACCAAUUUCACUCAAGUCUACCGGGAGAUGUUGAGAAGAGGACAUCAGAUUGCCCUUCAUUCGGACACUCAUCGCAAAAUGGAGGGCCUUGAGACCAUCGAAGACAUCGACAAUGAGAUCAUCAAGAACAUACAGACGUUCCAGGGUUUGCUCGGAGUCGAGUCUCGCUAUUUUCGGCCACCGUUUGGGACGGUUGGUGCAAGGCUACGUCAACGACUGGCGGCACAUAUCACGGAUCCCCAGAUUGUCAACUGGAGUGUGGACAUCGAAGACUGGCUGUGGGCCGGUACCGAGACGCCGGAAAAACAGCUCGAGGCCUUUUAUCGCGAUGUGAGACAAGGGGGCAAUCUCGCUGUGAUGCACUACCUCAGUCCGAGCACGGUGCAGUAUUUUCCCGAGGUGAUCCGAUUUGUCAAGGCGAGGAAUGCCACGAUCAUGCGGAUCGACCAGUGCCUUGAGGAUCCUGCCAGUCCUCCAUUGACGGGCUGA